AUGGCAUCCGAAGACAUGUUCGAUUUCUACAGUGCGCCUGAUGCUCCUGUGAGCAAGAAAAAGGCGAGCAUGAGGCAUCACGGGGAGUGCAAAAAAGAUCCUCUGGCCAAGAGGGCCCGCACUAAGGACCCUCUAGCGGCUGGUCCUUCGAAAAACACAACACCACCUCCAUCUCCUGUCGAGAAGAAAACUCCGUCUGUACCGGUUAGGUUGACCCCUUCCCCACCGGCUCCAGUUGAACAGACUCAGCCAGUUGCCCCUGCUCCAACAGGGGACGACAUAUCGAGCCGCGCUCUAAGAUUGACCAAGGACAAGAUGACAAGGAUCCUGAGGCAUGAGCGCAGCCGUGAAGCCAUGGCUGGGACUGAAUCGAUGGAGGUCGACCAGAUCCUGAACCUCGCCCUAAAUGAGCUCGCCAGUGCAAUGCUAACCAUGACUGCCAGUCGGCUCCAUUCGGGGGUCAUCACUGAGAAAUCCAAGUCGUCCGAGCAACGGCACGCUGAGGAGCUUAAGGCUGUCGAAGCGAAAUAUACCGAGCAGCCUGAGGUGGCUCAGAAGGCAAAUACGGCAUUGCUCGAGGAGAAAAAUAAAAUGGCUGAGGAGAUGAAGGAGAAGCAGGCUGCUCUGGACAAAGCCCUCGAGGCGAUGGCGCAGUACAAAGAGUCUCACCUUAUCAACUUUGGCGAAGCCAAAAGACUCGAGGCGGACCUGAUCGAGAGCAUGCAGGAGGCUGAAAAGUUGGAGGCUCGAAUCACCGAGCUCGAGAAAACCAACGCCAGCAAUCUUGAGAGGUACAAGGGCGCCACGUCCAAGUGCUUCUAUGAUUUCUGGAAGCACAAUCAAGGGGCUGAUUUCAGCUAUCUCUCCGAGCGCAUGAGGCAAACAGAAAUAGCCCAGUGCGUUGCUCACUUAGAAGAAGAACAGAGAGCGAAAACCACAGCCUCGCCCGAAAUCUCUUUAGCCACUGGUGUUGAGGGUGCAGAGGAUGAAGCCAAAGCUGCUGUCGACCAGGAACAUCCACAAGACCCUCCUGUUUCUUAG